ACUCACUCUCUCUUCCCCUAAAACCCUCGUCUCUGCAAUUUCAACUUUCUCUUCUUCUUCUUCUUCUUCUUCCUCCACUCUCUGCAAUUUCAAUCUAGGUCUUCACUCUUCACUUCAGAAAUGGCCACAACGCUCGCUCUCAGAAACUCCUCUUCUACCUGUAGGAGACACCUCUCCUAUCUCCCAUUCUCCUCUCACAUCCUCCACUCCUCUCUCUCCUCUUCCCCUCUCUUCAAUGACACUCCCUCCUCGUUCUCAUCACCUUCUUCCUCCAACCCGUGGUGGAGAUCCAUGGCCACUUUCACCCGAACGAAGCCUCAUGUUAAUGUGGGAACUAUUGGGCACGUUGAUCACGGGAAGACAACGCUAACUGCCGCAAUCACCAAGGUGCUUGCUGAUGAAGGGAAAGCGAAAGCUAUUGCCUUUGAUGAAAUUGACAAGGCCCCUGAAGAGAAGAAGAGAGGAAUUACCAUUGCUACUGCACAUGUUGAGUAUGAGACUGUGAAACGGCAUUAUGCACAUGUGGACUGCCCUGGACAUGCUGAUUAUGUUAAGAAUAUGAUUACAGGAGCUGCCCAAAUGGAUGGUGGUAUACUAGUUGUAUCUGCACCUGAUGGACCGAUGCCUCAAACCAAGGAGCACAUUCUUCUUGCUCGCCAAGUUGGUGUGCCAUCUCUUGUGUGCUUCUUAAAUAAAGUUGAUGCUGUCGAUGAUCCAGAAUUGUUAGAACUUGUAGAAAUGGAGCUCCGCGAGCUUCUGAGCUUCUACAAGUUUCCUGGGGAUGAAAUCCCUAUCAUUAGAGGUUCAGCGUUGUCCGCUUUACAGGGUACAAAUGACGAGAUUGGUAAAAAGGCUAUUCUAAAAUUAAUGGAUGCUGUAGAUGAAUACAUUCCUGACCCUGUGCGCCAGCUCGACAGACCUUUUCUAAUGCCAAUUGAAGAUGUAUUCUCCAUUCAGGGACGAGGAACAGUAGCUACUGGCCGUGUUGAACAAGGGGUAAUCAAAGUUGGUGAUGAAGUUGAGGUUUUGGGUCUCAUGCAGGGUGGUCCUCUAAAAACAACAGUAACUGGAGUGGAGAUGUUCAAGAAGAUUUUGGAUCAAGGACAAGCCGGUGAUAAUGUUGGUCUUCUUCUCCGUGGUCUGAAACGUGAAGAUAUUCAACGUGGUCAGGUCAUUGCUAAGCCUGGUUCUGUAAAAACAUACAAGAAGUUUGAGGCAGAGAUUUAUGUGCUCACAAAGGACGAGGGAGGGCGACACACUGCUUUUUUCUCUAACUAUAAGCCUCAGUUUUACUUGAGGACUGCUGAUAUCACUGGAUCAGUAGAGUUGCCUGAAAAUGUUAAAAUGGUUAUGCCUGGAGACAACGUUACUGCCACAUUUGAUUUGAUUUCACCAGUUCCACUUGAACCAGGACAACGAUUUGCCUUGAGAGAGGGUGGGAGAACAGUUGGUGCCGGUGUGGUGUCAAAAGUAGUGAGCUAAUAUGCGCCUAUUGUCAUUCAACUUUUAAUCUACACAUUUGCAAAAACACAAACUGUGGUGAUCAAUUAAUAUAUUCAGCGGUUGUUGAGUAAAUUUUAGGAGAAGCUCAUCUUCAUUGUUCAUUUUGUAGUUCAUAAUUUGUCAACAUGCUCUUGAUAGCUGCAGACUGUUUCUGCUUUAUGAAAAAUAAUGUUAAUCAUCUAUAUAUGCUUAACCGUCAAGUCCUAGAUGUUGGGUUUUUACAAAUCUUUCACACUUUUUUGUUUAAUAUUACCCUUUUGUUUUAAGCUCUA